GCGGGCGCUGGACGGCGGCGCCAAACUUUGAGCGAACCCGCUCGCCUCGCGCCAGAGCGGCGCAUCGCUGCCCGGGCGCGGCUCGGCGGAGAGAGGCGCCGCUCGCAGCUGGCUCGAGGCAGCUGCACUGUUUAUUUUGGAGUAGUCCAGUUAGCUGCAACCAUGGGCCCUAUAGGAGUACUGGGUGAAAAGAACCGCACAAAUGAAGUGAAAAUGGAGCUGUACACCAGGCUAUACUUGCCAGGCCUCACCACACCACCCAGUGAGCUGGCACCUGACCACAAACCAGAACUGAAAGACAGUACCAACCUGGUCGAGGUGCAGAUAGUCCUCAUCAUUGCCUAUUGCUUCAUCAUCCUGCUGGGUGUGAUGGGCAAUUCCCUGGUGAUCCAUGUGGUCAUUAAAUUCAAGAGCAUGCGCACCGUGACUAACUUUUUCAUUGCCAACCUGGCUGUAGCUGAUCUGCUGGUGAAUACGCUGUGCCUGCCCUUUACCUUAGUUUACACACUGUUGGGAGAAUGGAAGCUGGGCCCAGUGCUGUGCCACCUGGUGCCUUAUGCCCAGGGCCUUGCAGUGCACGUGUCUACUGUUACCUUGACUGUGAUUGCCCUGGACCGGCACCGCUGCAUUGUCUAUCACUUGGAGAGCAAAAUCUCCAAGCGAAUAAGCUUCCUGGUCAUUGGAGUGGCCUGGGCUGUCAGUGCGCUACUGGCUAGUCCCCUAGCCAUCUUCCGUGAGUACUCUCUGAUUGAGAUCAUUCCUGAUUUCCAGAUUGUGGUCUGCUCUGAGAAGUGGCCUGGUGAGGGGCAACUCAACUAUGGCACCAUCUACAGUGUCUCUAUGCUCCUGAUCCAAUACGUUUUGCCUCUGGCAAUCAUCUCCUAUGCCUACGCCCGUAUCUGGACCAAACUAAAGAAUCAUAUCAGCCCUGGGGCUGGGAAUGACAACUACCACCAUCGGCGGCGGAAGACCACUAAGAUGCUGGUGUGCGUGGUUGUGGUGUUUGCUGUAAGCUGGCUGCCCUUUCACACUUUCCAGCUUGUCAGUGACAUUGACAGUAAGGUGUUAGAUCUGAAGGAGUACAAGCUAAUCUACACAGUGUUUCAUGUCAUUGCCAUGUGCUCAACCUUUGUUAACCCCCUUCUCUAUGGCUGGAUGAACAACAACUACAGGACAGCCUUCCUCGCAGCCUUCCAAUGUGAGCAGCGACUGGAUUCCAUUCACCCUGAGGUAUCAGGAGCAUUCAAAGCCAAGAAGAACUUGGAAGCAAAAAAGAAUCAUUGCACGGGAACCCCUACCAAUGUCUAAGAAUGUCAGGCAUAGAAGAAAAAAGGAAUACACUCUGGCCAGAGAAAGAUCUGUUUUGACAGAUGCAUUUUUAUACAUAGUUUUAAUCAUAUAAGAUGGAAGAAAAUCAGCAAGUUAAAGUGUCUGUUCUAUGAUUCCAGAGAGAGUUGGUUGCCAUCAACCAUAUACAAUUACACAUCUCCAAAGAAAUAUAAAAGAUAUUUCAUUUAUGGCUGUCUGUAUUGUGGUUGGAAAGAAGUCUCUGUCCCAACCUUUUGCUAAGGCAGCAGUAAUGACAAAGGCAAGAAAAGUGUUUGCCAUUCUUGCCCUAAAGAGGAUGAAUAGAUUAAUUGUUCCUCAAGAGUCUCAAAACUGGAAGUUGGCAGUGUGGACAUGGUAGGCUGCAAAUAGGGACUCCUUCAGAAGCUUAAAGCAUGCUCUAAGGGCAGGUCUACACUAAGG